AUGCCCGAGCCAGUCUCAAUAGCCUCCCAAAACAUUGGCAACAAUAGACAUUCGUCUAUUUCCGCGCCAAGAACUGCAAACGCACCACUUGCAGAUCCGUUCCUUGAUUUCACGCGCGAUCUAGUGAAAGGGAAAGAAGAGGCAAUUGUGUCUAGCUGGUGCAGACUUCUGCGGCAACUUAAGAUCGAGAACAACUUGAUCGCCCAGAAGGAGCACGAGAUCAUCCCGGAAAUCUCCUUUGACGAUCUGGAGGCCGAAUGCGAAGAUCUUAGAGACGAAAUACAGAAGAGAGGAAUGGUCAUUGUCCGUGGUGUCCUUCCGGAAGAAAAAGCUUUCGCGUGUAAAAACGACAUGGAUGAUUGUUCCCGCAAGAGUCCAACGACACAGGGUACGUACGUAUUUAACUGCGCAUAUCACACAGCAAAGCUCAGAAUGCGCUCACACCCGUCAAUUCUCAAGGUCCAAUGCCACUUGAUGGCAUUUCUGUGGGAUACCUGCCCGGAAACAGAAAUAUCCCUCACCAUCCCACUCGCAUCUGCCGGCCGAGCAUGUACUGAUCACCGAAUUGACGAUCCCCUCAUAGACGGUGAAAGCACUGAGCGCUGGGUAGCAGGAGCCUACAGAAAACGCGAAAUAUACGAGAAUGUCUUUGAAGGGGAGUGGGAGAGCUACGAUCCAUGGGACGCUAGUGGCAGAGCGGAGGCAGUAAACAAUCUAUACGAUGGGCUGGGUGCACCGUCAAUGUUCAAAUUGUGGCAAGGAUGGCUGAGCAUGAGCUACUCUGGUACUGGAGAGGGCCGCAUACUCGUCAAUCCAUUGAUUCAGCUAACCACUGCGUACUUAUUGCUUCGUCCGUUCUUCAGGCCAAUCAAUGAAAUACGAGGACCUGGAUUCUUGGAUGAGGAUAACUGGAUCUUCACAGGGGAGCCAGACAUGACAAGUGAGCUACAUGGUGCAGCUCCUGGCCAUUCUCAGGAACUCAAUGAUGCAUUGCAUCCUCACCUAGAGCUUCAUCGUACAAUGGUCCACCUUCCUCCUCUCAAUCCGGGCGAUUUUGUCGCUUGGCAUUGUGACUCAAUCCACGCAUUGGACAAGACUCUUUAUGAUAAUGAGGACUGCCGCCUUCUUUCUAUUCCAGUGUGCCCUGUCACUAAAACCAAUGCGAUCUGUCUUGCGGGCCAAAGGGCGGCACUCCGAGGCAAUCAGUCUUCUGAUCUCUCCGGAGCCGAAGAAGGAGCCGAGAAAACUGACCAGCCGUCCGAAGAAGUGCUUCGAUCUUGGACAGAUGAUGUUGGUAAACAAGCCUUUGGGUUGGAAGGACUGGUGACAGAAGAUAUUGCACUACCAGGGGAGAGGCGGGUCAUUGAGAAGGCAAAUAGGAUUUUAGGCUUCCAAUGUAAAUACAAGAGCCGACGCGCGCGAGGACAUAUGUCCCCUAGUCGGAUGGAUAUUUUAGACAGAUUUCGAUUGUGA